CACGAGAACCUCUUUGUCCAUUCCACCUCCCAGACUCCUCCAGACAGCAGAGCAACCCCGAACCGCGCGCUGAGCGGGAGCGAGUCCAUCGGCCGCAAUGGCGAGCGCGGAGGAGCUGUGCGAGCGCGAGGUGCUGUGGCCUGAGACGGCCCACGACGAGGGAGACGGCGACGACGCGACGCCCAGCUGCAGCUCGUCGCCGCCCGUGGCGCCGCGGUCCAGAACGCCGGCUCCGGCUCCGCGACCGCGAGGCGGCGUCCCUGGGAGCGAGAGGCCGACGACGACGACGCGUGCGGGCUCGCGGCCGGUGGACAUCCAGAGGCCCGCGAGCUCGGCCAGGCGCCGUGGCCACGAGGACGGGGACCGCGACCGCGACUGGAGCGCCGCGACGAUGGUGCCGCCUCACGUGCUGGUGUCGCGGCGGCGGCAGGAGGCGCCGUGCGCGCUGCUGCGGCCGGGCGCGCGCGAGCUCAGCCACCUGCGCGACUCCGUGCUGCGCGUCACCGGCUUCAUCGAAGGCUGACCAUCGUCCCCUCCUCUGUUUCGCGCACAUGCAGCAGUGUUCAUUCAAGCAGGACUCGUCGACUAGUCGUCUCGUCACCAUUCACCGUUUUUUUUUUGGGUCUUUGUAGUUGUAUGAUCGGCGGCGUUGCCUGUUUCGUUCGUUCGUUUCGUUCGUUCGUUCGUUUUCCUGUUGGUCCAUGAUCACGUUGCACCUCCACUUGUAAAGGGAGAUGUCUGAAUUCGCUACUUGCUUGAUCCUCCACUCCACCCACUUGCAUUUUGGGCGGAAAACAUGUACGUGUUCUUCGAUCUGAAAAGUCCAGUCUGAAUGUCUGGAAGGGUUAAACUCGAGGAAAACGUGCAGAUUAUUAGGCACGUACAAGUUUCCAUUCA